GCAAAAGGAGCGCCAUUGUCUUUGUCGAAGAGGAAAGUGCCUCAAGUUCCAAAUGAAAAACAGUUCAAAGGUAUUAAAUGUAAGAGAGACCUAUCAGUCGAAAACAAUAAACAAACCAAGAAAAAAAAAACAUCAACACAAGCGCCUGUUAAGAAAUUUUGCGUAAGAGCAGGCUUUAAGUUUUUGUGCUUUUGGUGACAAAACUAAUUGGGACAUUUUUGACAAACUUGACUGAAAAUGUGAAAACGCAUAGUCGUCUUUUUUUCAUUAAUGUGAAAAAAGCUGGCUAAAUUUACCUGUCUCUAUCGUCAAGAACGCAUGUAUAUCCAUACUGGUAAGAAAAUAAAUUUCAGUUGUGGCGGUGAAAUGUAAACAUGACGCAUUAUGCAUGGUUCAGUUUGACCUGUUACACCACCCCCCCCCCCGGGAACCCUCGGGACAAGUCCAGCCCUUCGGGCCCAGGGGUAGGGGGUGGGGCAAAUUAAAAAUAUCUUCUCUUUGAUUUUGGGAAGUUUUGGGAAGUACGUGUCAUUUUUCGCGCGCUUUACACGAUGGCUGCGGAGCUCAAGACCACGUAUUUCAAGGAAAAAGGCAGGAAUUUGUCGGAGAGUGGUUGGAUAGGAAUAACUUAUCAAAAUUAAAGUCUGUAUUUAAAGGUAUGUUUUAAAAUUUAAAACGAAUGUGCCUGUGAUGCGUACUCCAAAAGAAGGAAAGACAUAUUUCUUCAGCCUAGCUUUAAAUAAUGAUAAGAAAACUUAUCAGUAUGAAAACGAUUACAAAGCUUUGGUAUAUAUAAAGAAAUAGAAAUUCGAUCCAGUGUUCUUAUGAAGUGUUCUAUCAAGGAGGCCGUUUUUAAAGAGUUUUUUCUUCUUCGUUUUCGUUUUCAAAUUUAUUGUUCAUUUUUUAACUUCAUUAUGACAUUUAUUAUCCUUCUCUCAAAAAACUCAGGAAAGCGUUUAUAAAAGUUGUGAAAACGUCUCGUUUUGCUUUUGUGCGGAUCAAAAAGAUGUACCCAAGAAACGUACAAGAGGUCGAUCUGGAGCUCGGAGGUGGGGAAUUGUCUCUUUCUGCGUGCCCGGGGGUGGGAAAUAGACCUCCAAGAAAGAAAACAUUGCAAGUCCCCCGUAGGAGUCUGCCCGAGGUUGGAGGGGGCAUAGUUACAACUCAAUUUGAACCAUGCAUUAUCACUCCAUGCAAUUUUUUCUGCCUUUUCAUAGCAAAUAUUUCCUAACAAGAUCGAUCUUGGACAUAAGUGUUUUCAUUGGCCAAGACAAACUCGGUGACCGAAUGAUAAAACGAUUAUAGUACUCGGUUGUCGCAAAAUAUCGUGAUUUGUCAGUGUCUCGCAAAUCAAUUAUUUGCCAAAUUCGAACUGCGAGACACUGACAAAUCCAAUAAUUGUUAAUUAUCUCGCCCAGUUGAUUUGUGUAUUAUUGAUGGUAAUUGUGAUCGUACAUUUUUUGGCUACAAAAUAUGAACUUCUUCGAUCUUUGUGUGUGUUUGUUUAAUUCAGCAACCAAAUUGGAAUCACCUCCCUCAGUCUCGUCAAUUAUUGCAUCGCUCGAAGGUUCUUCAACGAGAUUAUUCCCGGAAAGGCCCCAGGAGAAUCUGAGAACGAUGCAAGAUUCAUCAGAGACAACACAGCACGUUGCCUCGAAUGAGACGCCUAUAACAGCAGGUACAUAUAUCUCUUUCUAUCAGAUUUAGCGAACACAACGCAACCUCAAAUGAGAACCUGAAAGCACGCGGAAAGGAUUAAACGCGACUCCCGGUUGUCGAUUUUUAGCUCAACCAUUGGUCAAUUCGGCUAUUAGAUCUAAGCAAGCCAGGAUCACUGUCGUGGCGUUGUCUUUGUUAAAUCUGUAUUUUCUUCGCAUUUAAGUGGGUCAUCUAAUUUAAGUAGUUAUUGAACGUUUGCAUUGGACACUGUCUGUCCCCAUGAGCAAGAAGUUUUCCCAGUGGUCGCAAAAAUUUAUUGUUUUAUAUAUAACGCCUGAUUAAGGCCAGGUCGCGGUUGCUCAUACGUUGAAUAGCGCUAUCCACUGGAUAAAUCACUAUCCAGCGGAUAAGUAUUAGAAAAACCAAAAACCAUUUGGUGUUAUCCGCUGAUUGUGCUAUCCAGCUUUAGAACAACUCAGACCAGAAGAAAAUGUUGCCGCACAAAUCUUAGUCUGCGACACAAAUCUAGCCUUAGAUACAUGUAGAUAGGAUUUAUAUUUAAAGUUAAAACCUUGCGUCCUUAUAGGCAAAUAGGGGCGUUUAUGGAUGUGGGUUAAGCCUUCUUGUGAGAAAAGGAAAGCGGAUAACCAUAUCAUGAAUGAUUUGUUUAAUUUCAUUUCCUUCAAAACUGAAUUUGUUGAUUGGAAGUGAACUCGAGUUAAUCCGUUAUUCAGUGAACCACUGAGGUUCUUGUCAAAUAGUGAAAAUUUGUGCGUGCUUACUAAAGGCUUCACCUUUUAUCCAUUGUUUAAGACAAGUCAAGUCAAUGUAGCUUAGUUGAUUGGCAGUAUUUUUGUCUUGUAGCCUUAGCAUUACUUAGCUGCAAUGUACCAGCUACGUCGUUGUACGCUGUGGACCAUGUUUUAGAGAUCAUUGGUAACACAGUAACGUUUGUCACGACUCGACUUAAAGGAACAUCACCAACCCAAGUCAGGGAUUACCUAGAACGGGAAAACUUACCCAGGAUAUGUUUGUUGCUUGUGGACGCAGAUGAAGUAAACCGUGCCUGUCGAUAUUCACUUCUUGAAGAACUAGAAUACAAAGAUCUUUUCAAAACAGUUCUGGAUAGAGUUGGUAAGCUGCCCUGGGGGAAUUCCUGGGGCUACUCCUGAGAAUUCUUGUUGGGAUUGUGCUUAGUGCUAGUCCCCUGUUCUUGGAAUCCUGACCCUUCGUCCUUUUUGGCCCCUGCAUUAACUAACACUAAUUUUAAUAAAAAAUAAUAAAGCGAAUUCCUAUAAUAGAAAAAAAAACGUGCUAGUAACUGAGCGCGCUGUACCAAUCGCCCUUAGGCCUUAGUUCGAAACUGUAUCCCUCCAGCGCAUGCUCAACAAAGAUCUUACUCGAUCGAUUCAUUCAGAGUCUCUCUCAAGUACGCCAAAUCAAGCAAAUGAGAGAAAUACUCUGCUAGCAGGGUGAUGCUCAUCUUAUCAGCUCUGAAUUGAUAAAUGCACGAUGCCACAAAGAACUUUCCAUGUAAUAUAUCAAAAACGACACGCAGAGUUUCAUCCGAUAUCCAUCAGACACCUAGAAGUGGGUUUAAAAACAAGGUGCAGCCGAGAUUUUUAAGACCGACUUCGACUAGCUGGAUAUCGGAUGAAACAUUGCGUAUCGUUUUUUAUAUAGCUUCUCAAAUUAACAAUAACUUAAUUCUUGAAGAAAUUCAAAGAUAAAGUUUGCAAAAUUUUAUGGUAAUUAGUAUCCGAUAUCCAAACCACCGUCACGGUUGGGAUUUUGUUUGUUUUCUCUUUAUGAAUUAUUAAUGAUUUGGGAAGUAUGAAUGGAGUCAUCGCUCUCUAGUGGAAGGAAAAGUUACUUUUUUGCUUGACUUUGAGUCCAAACAAAUAAUAGUAAACUUUAAAUUGUUAUGUUCGUCUUUUCUUUAUUGCAGCUGAAAAGGUUGUAAUUAUAGUCUGUGCUAACGGCCAGUUCUCACAAGAAAAUGAGGUCCAACUAUUCAUUGAGGGCGUGGUUGAAAAAAGGGAAGAGGGAUUCAUUGUGUGGCUAAAAGAUGGAGCGCUGUCUGUUGACCCGGAUACUUUGGCACACAUUUUGAUUCCGGGGCAACUUUCAACUCAGGUAUCACCAAAGCGAAGUUGCCCUAAAAUGCCAAGGGGUGUUGCUGCCUCUGCUUCUGCCACUAUAACGCGUCCAAUAAAUGUUGAUGAAAGAGAAGGAUGUCCACCUUUUUUUACAUUAGCUGAUCUGCUGAGCCGUGAUGUUAGCCUUCACCCAGCACUUGGCAUCCAAGCGCAUCAAGAAAAGCAUUCCUCAUCAAACUCGACUUCGACGGAUUCUUACGAGUUGAUAGAUGAAGCGAUCAACUCUGCUGAACAAGGCAUCCUGACAGCUCAAGAACCGGUUUCCACGCCUGUCACAAAAUCAACGAGAGAUACUUGGUCGCAAGAAAGCUCAAAAACUGUCCUCGACUGGAGAAAACUUGAACGUGGUAGGAUUAGCGAUGUAGUCUUCGUCGAGCAACCCCUGCCACAUCUGAUCCCAGGCUUUUUCCGUACACGACUAGAACGGCUGGAACCGCAGAUUCCGGAGGAGGUUGAACAAGAUCUUUUGAAACAAUUUGGAACGACACCUAAAGUUGAAGUAAAAGUCGUGUCAAAGCAAGGUGUACUAAAGUGGUUCGCUGAGGAAAAUUCCCGGGAGGCUAAGGAAAUAGCGGAAAAUGAGGCUCUUAUGCUAAAAACUGGUGUUCGUUACGGCCAAGUGUCUAUGGAGAAAAACGACCUUCAGUUCAGGUAUCCAGAAUGGACCGUUCCUGAGUGCAUUCUCCAAAAAAUUGAAAGUGGCCAUAGGGACAUGCCCAGAGGGGAACUCAAUAUCAUUUCUGACGAGAAAGGAAACUUAAGAUUCCAUGUAUCAUAUAGCCAUGAACAGGAGACAUUAGCUCGACUUCUUCCCUUACUGGGUAGAGCAUAUGGUGGUUUUCCCUUUCCGGGAUUUCAGUAG